GGCGCCUCUGUGAGAAAGUUCCACUGCAAGAGGCCCUGGAGCAUUAUCAUUUCUCUCUUUCACCCUGUCUAGGUUGCCAGCAAAUCUCGAGGGCCCUCUGAGGCUGAGCCGGGGCUGGGUCCCUCCAGCCGCUUGAAAGAUGAACACCUGCAUCAUCAUAAUGAGGCUGCUGCUGUCUGGGCCUUUUCUCUUUGCCCCGGCCUCCAGCUACAACCUGGACGUGAGGCACGUGCAAAACUUCUCCUUCCCAGACGCCGGGAGGCAUUUUGGGUACCGUGUCCUGCAGGUUGGAAACGGGGUUGUCGUGGGAGCUCCGGGUGAGGGGACCAGCACUGGAAACCUCUAUCAGUGCCAGCCAGGCACUGGACACUGCCUGCUCGUCAGCCUGAGUGGUUCCAACUAUACCUCCAAGUACUUGGGAAUGACCUUGGCGACAGACCCCACAAGUGGAAGACUUUUGGCCUGUGACCCUGGGCUGUCUCGGACGUGUGACCAGAAUAUGUAUCUAAGUGGCCUGUGUUACCUCUUCAGCCAGGAUCUGAGGGGUCCUGUGCUACAAGGCCGCCCUGGUUAUCAGGAAUGUAUAAAGGGCAACGUAGACCUAGUAUUUCUAUUUGAUGGUUCAAGGAGCUUGCAGCAAGAUGAAUUUCAGAAAAUUCUGGACUUCAUGAAGGAUGUGAUGAAGAAACUUAGCAACUCUUCCUACCAGUUCGCUGCUGUUCAGUUUUCCACGACCUGCCGAACAGAAUUUAAUUUCUUGGAUUAUGUUAAGCUGAAGGACCCUAAUGUUCUGCUGGCCAAAGUAACCCACAUGAGCCAGUUGACCAACACGUUUACUGCCAUCAACUAUGUCGCGACAAAGGUGUUCCAGCAAGACCAGGGGGCCCGGCCAGAUGCCACCAAAGUGCUUAUCAUCAUCACUGACGGAGAAGCCACUGACAGUGGCAACAUUGGCGCGGCUGAAGACAUCAUUCGCUACAUCAUUGGGAUUGGAAAGUACUUCCAGACCAAGGAAAGUAAGGAGGCACUUCACAAAUUUGCCUCAAAACCCACGCAGGACUUUGUAAAGAUUCUAAACACAUUUGAGAAGCUGAAAGACCUAUUCACUGAGCUGCAAAGGAAGAUCUAUGUCAUUGAGGGCACAAGCAGACAGGACCUGACUUCCUUCAACAUGGAGCUGUCCUCCAGUGGGAUCAGUGCUGACCUCAACAAAGACCAUGGCAUCGUGGGUGCAGUUGGAGCCAAGGACUGGGCUGGAGGCUUUCUAGACCUGAAGGAAGACCUAGAGGAUGAUACGUUUGUUGGGAAUGAACCACUGACACCAGAAGUGAGAGCAGGCUAUUUGGGUUACACAGUGACCUGGCUGUCCUCCCAAGGGUUCCCAUCACUGCUGGCAGCUGGAGCCCCCCGAUACCAGCAUGUGGGGCAGGUUCUGCUGUUCCGAGAGCUGGAAGGCAGAGGACACUGGAGCCAAAUCCAGAAAAUAGAGGGGGUCCAGAUUGGCUCUUAUUUUGGUGGAGAGCUGUGUGGCGUUGAUAUGGACCAAGAUGGGGAGACAGAGCUGCUGCUGAUUGGAGCUCCUCUGUUUUAUGGGGAGCAGAGAGGAGGCCGAGUGUUUGUCUACCAGAGAAAACAGCUGGAGUUUGAAGUGGUCUCAGAACUGCAGGGGGAUCCUGGCUACCCCCUUGGGCGAUUUGGAGCAGCCAUCACUGCCCUGACAGACAUCAACGGGGAUGAGCUGAUGGACGUGGCUGUGGGAGCCCCUCUGGAGGAGCAGGGGGCUGUGUACAUCUUCAAUGGGCGGCAUGGUGGGCUGAGCCCCCGGCCAAGUCAGCGGAUAGAAGGGACCCGGGUGUCCUCAGGAAUUCGAUGGUUUGGACGCUCCAUCCACGGGGUGAAGGACCUUGGAGAGGAUGGCCUGGCAGAUGUGGCUGUGGGGGCUGAGGGUCAGGUGAUCGUGCUGAGCGCACGGCCUGUGGUGGAUAUCAUCACUCAGAUGUCCUUCACCCCGGCCGAGAUCCCAGUGCAUGAAGUGGAGUGCUCCUAUUCAACCAGUGACAAGAAGAAGGAAGGAGUUAACAUCACAGUCUGUUUCCAGGUCAAGUCUCUCACCUCCCAAUUCAAAGGGCCCCUGGUUGCCAACCUCACUUACACUCUGCAGCUGGAUGGCCAUCGGCCCAGAAGCCGGGGGUUGUUUCCCGGAGGGAGACAUGAACUCAGCGGGAACACAGCUGUCACGGACGUCAUGUCCUGCACUGGGUUUUGGUUCCACUUCCCGGUAUGCAUUCAAGACCUCAUCUCUCCCAUCAACGUCUCCGUAAAUUUCUCUCUCUGGGAGGAAGAAGGGACACUGAGGGACCAAAGGGAGCAGGACCAGGACAUACAGCCCAUCCUGAGACCCUCAGCACACUCGGAGACCAGGGAGAUCCCUUUUGAGAAGAACUGCGGAGAGGACAAGAAAUGUGAAGCAAACCUGAAGGUGUCCUUCUCCCAUGAAAGAUCCAGAGUCCUGCGUCUGACCCCCUCUGCCAGCCUCUCUGUGGAGCUGACACUGAAUAACUCAGGAGAAGACGCUUACUGGGUCCGGCUUGGCCUGAAAUACUCCGGGGGACUGUCCUUCCGCAAAGUGGAGAUGCUCAAGCCUCACAGCCAGAUACCUGUGAGCUGCGAGGAGCUGCCCGAGGAACCCAACCUUCUGACCAGGACCCUCUCUUGCAAUGUGAGCUCUCCCAUCUUUAGAACAGGCAGUUUGGUUGUUAUCCAGGUGAUGUUUCAUACGCUGCUGAACAGCUCCUGGGGGGACUUUGUCGAGCUGCACGCCGAUGUGAGCUGUGAAAAUGAGGACUCAGGCCUCCUGAUGGACAACUCGGCAACCACCAGCGUCCCAGUCCUGUACCCCAUCAACAUCUUGACUGAGGACCAAGAAGACUCCACACUCUAUAUCAGUUUCACCACCAAGGGUCCCAAGAUCCAGCACGUCAAGCACAUCUACCAGGUGAGGAUUCAGCAUUCUGUCCAUGACCGCAACCUGCCCACCCUGGAGGCCGUGAUUGGGGUACCACGAGUUCACAGUGAGGGGCCCAUCAGGUACAACUGGAGUGUGCAGAUGGAGCCUCCUGUCAACUGCCAUCGUAAGGAUCUGGAGAGGCCACCCAGUGUGGCUGAGUCCCCUCAGCCUUGUUUGCCUGGAGCCGAGUUCCACUGCCCAGUUGUCUUCAAGCAAGAGAUCCUCGUCCAAGUGAUCGGGACUGUGGAGCUGGUGGGGGAGAUCGAGGCCUCCUCCAUGUUCAGCCUCUGCAGCUCUCUCUCCAUCUCCUUCAACAGCAGCAAGCAUUUCCACCUCUAUGGCAGCAAUGCCUCUCUGGCCCAGGUCAUCAUGAAGGUUGAUGUUGUAUAUGAGAAGGAAAUGCUCUAUCUCUACCUGCUGAGCAGCAUCGGGGGACUGUUGCUGCUGUUGCUGAUUUUCUGGGUGCUCUACAAGGUUGGCUUCUUCAAACGGAACCUGAAGGAGAAGAUGGAGGCUGACGUAGAUGCCUCAAAUGGAAUCCCUGCAGAAAACUCUGAGCAGCCAGCGUCUGGGGAAGAGGCUGUGGAUCCUGGCUGCCUGGAUCCCCUCCGUGACGAGGAGGCCCAGGAUGGAGGUGGCAAAGACUGAGGCCCAGGCCUGAUGCAGAGGGUCCAGGACUGGACUUGGGAUGCCUGGUGCCAGUCUGCCUCUACCUGCAUUUCACUGUGUGUCUUCGGGCAAGUCACUGCCCCUCCCUAGGCCUGUUUUCCUAUCUUGGAUAUGGAGCUCAUUCCUGCCCGCCUCCUUUUGCAGGCUCGUGGUGAGGAUCCACUGACGGAUGGGCCAGGAAGGCUACAGAGGUGAGGGCUUGUAAUGUCAGAUGGUCCUGGCUUCCAUCAGCCCCUCUUAGUUUCUUCCGCUGGAAGAGAACGUCUGAUCCAAAUUUGGAGAAACCAUAAUCUCAGGACCUAGUGACACUCCCAGCCCUCACACCCACCUGCCCUUAGAUGUCCACAGAGGCUUCAGACUUCCAGAACCUUGCCCUGCACUCACUCCUGCCAGGAGUCCAGUCAGCUUCCCAUUCUGCUGCCAGAGAACAAGUCUGUGUCACUACACUGCUGCUGCAUACCCCUUACCCUUUGGCUAAAGACCAAAUUCCUUAACGUGCCUUCCCAAAUCUGCAAAAUAUCCUUAAUAUGUCGAUGCAAGAUUGGGCCCCUGUUGCCUUCCCAGCCUCCUCUAGAGACAUUCCACCUCCCUUUCUAAGCUUCAGUUACAUCAGCCUUUCUCGCUUGCCAGGCUCCUUCCUGUCUCACUGCCUUCACCCGGACUGCUCUCUCUGCCUGGAACAUUCCUCCUGCCUCCUUUUCCUGGCUUACUCUCACUCAGCCUUCAGAUCUCAGCUCAUGCAUCACUUCCUCAGGGCAGCCCCCGACCCUGACUCAGUUGGGCUCCUGUAUUAUACACGCUUACACUAGCCUGCACUUGGCCCUCAUCGCACGGAUCAUAUUUGUUAAUCGUCAAAUGAUUUACUUAAUAUCUGUCUCUCAAAUUAAACAGUGAACUCCAUGAGGGUAGGGACCAUACCUGUCUUCUUCACCUUGGGAUCCUAGUGAUACCACAGAGCCAGACACAUAGUAGGUGCUUGAACAAUUUCAUUGAAUUAGGGAGGGAGCCUGCGGGAAGAUAGAGAAAAAAGUUUGGAUGGGCCGUGGCAUCCCCAUCCUUCAAGGCUCAGUCUUCCUCAGAUGCCUGGCCCCUCCUGCCACAGCCCCACCAGGACUCCAUCACACCCCACUGUGGCCCCCACUGUGAGACUGUGAGCUCAAGGGUGGGGACCAUAAUCUGUUCACCCGGCUCCCCAGUACCAAGCACAGUGCCUACAUAUAUUUAUCCAAUAAGUGUGAAAUUUUGUCCAAUUUUGUGAUGUUUUUAUGCUUGGUGUAACAUUCCAGCCUGGCUCAAUUAAAUCAGUGUUUCCUUCUCAACCCUUUCACUAAGUGGGACCAAAACAGUCAGCUCUUCUUUUUCUUUUCUUUUCUUUCUUUCUUUUUCUUUUCUUUUUUUUUUUUUUUUUUUUGCCAUGAUGACCCUUAGAGACUGACCUGCACCUGACAUUGUGAGUUAAUUCAAAAGAGAAGCUGGGAGAGAGACACAGAAAGUGAGAAAAGGUUAGGGAGGCAUCGACAAUUCAUUAAGAUGUGAGAAUAGACGCUCCCUGACCCCCUUUUUUAAAGCAAUGAUUGGAGGGGCCUCACUCUCAGCCCCCCCUCCCCAUAGAAGGGACAGAGGGGGCUAGUCAGUGCUGCCCUCUUGUGGUCAGUAGGACCCCAGGGGAAUAUUGUGUAAGUCUAAGCCAGCUCCCGGUCCGGCGCUAGGUGGUGAGAAACAACAUUUGGUCCCCCAAGCAGUGACCUUUGAUGGCUCCCUUCUGCCCAUAAGGGAGUAAGUGAACAUUCCCAAGCCUGGCAUACAAGGCCCAGAACAGUCUUUCAAAGCCUGCCGGCCUCUCCAGCCUCAUCAAGCCCCUUCUGGAUAAGUGAGACAUCAGGAAAGAAGAAGAGAGGCCUCAUUUCCCAGAGAGGGGAAAAAAUGUUUUAACUCUAAGGAAUAUCACAGAACUAUUAAAAGUACAUGAAAUUAUCUGUGGGUCGCGUGAAACAUAAGUCAAGUUCUAUUCAUUUCUUGAGUGCUUUGUGUCAGGCCCUGUUCUGGGCUCGGAGGGCAGGGUGAUGAACAGACAAAUAAGUCCUUGCCCUCAGAAAGUUUCACUCCCAUGAGAAAACAGAGUAAAAGAGGAGAAAUGUGGUUCGAGGUAGUGAUAACGGCCAUGAAGAUACUAAAGAGGGAUAACAGGUUACAGGGUGAUGGAGAGGGCCCUUUUAGAUAGGUGGUCAGGGAAGUCUCUCUGAGGAGGUGAUAUUCUGUGACACUAAAAAAGAAAAGAAAAAGUGAAUAUUUUCAUCAAAGCAGGAAGCAAGAAAGCACAGAAAAUCUGGGAGGUUCAUUUCAGGAACAGACCUGCCAUCAUCAUGCCCAGGAAUUUAUAUCCCAACUCACUUAACAGCACCUGUCCUCACAUACAUACACUUUCUCUGUCUCUCUCCCUUUGUACAUGCUUUUCCCCUUGCCAGCAGGUCCACCUCUUUUCUAUCCAUUAAAAUCUUUUCAAAGCUUUCCUCAUCUUGUCCGUUCCUAGACAAAAUGACCGUUCCAUCACCACCUUGUUUAUACCUCAUCGGGGCACAUAACUGUGGUGCUGAUUGUGUGGGCUCCUAUCUCAAGAGUAGGAGGUUCUGGAAGGCAGGACUCAAGCCUCACUCACGUGUUACCAACACUGACCCCUCACUGGGGCUGGCACAGAGGAAGUGUUCAAUAAAGGUUUGAUUCCGUGGCCCUCAAA